AUGCCACGAGGCACGAAAAGGCCUACGUCGGCCUUGUCCGAACCCGGUAGUCCGAAGAGUGUUGCGAGACUGCUUUGGAAACCCAAGAGAGUUAGAGUUUCGGAGGUUACCUGGGAGGAUACUAAGGAGGGUACUACAGAGGCCACUACCUCUACGGAGGAUACUGAGGAGAGUCCUGAGCAGGGUGCCGAGGAGUAUACCGAAGAGUAUACCGAGAAGAAUGACGGGGGAUAUACUGAGGAGGAUAGCGAGGAGUAUGCUGAGUAUUGGCCAUCGUGGUUUCUUGACAUUCACACGAACAUGACAAGUAUGGAACAGAGUUUUGGCUGGUGGGAUGAAGGGGGCUCAUCGGAGGAUGAAGGCCCAGAACCAAUAGAGGAUGCAGAGCUGGCAGAGGAGCCCGCAGAGGACACGGAGCCGGCAAAGACUCCAAACCUAGCAAGUAAUCAAGAUUUGCGACAUGGCGCCCCGGCAAAGCAUGCCAGGCCAUUGAAGACGCUGGACGAAAUAAACCUCGACGACGCCAAGAACCGUGACCGUUGGAACGUGCAGCUCAAUAACCAGAAAAUCAGAAGGAGCACCGACCCUAGCUUUGAGAAGCAGGUAAUUCUGGCCCAGAAUGCGACCAAACUCGUCUCAAAAGCGUAUGAGAUGCUCGAACGAACGCCUCCUAGAGAACGAUCCAUUGUUUGGAUGAAACCGCGCUAUGACAUGUAUUGCGAGGAACAUGCCAGGCUCUUUGCAAAAAAUGACGACGACGGAGAGUACGAACAGGGAGACGCCAGGGUGAUCAAAUUUAUCCGCAUCUCGAGACAAGAGCUUGAGGGGCGAGAUAUUGACCCAGACUCUAUCCCAGGACAAUCAUUCCAAGCUGACAUCAGGAUCUGUGGCGGCCUUCGAGGAACCAAGCUCUUCUCAGUUUGUUUAGCAGACACCAAGCCCAUUGAAGUCGACUCUUGGUCAAUGGGGGUCCUGCCCUUUACCUUCAUCGACGGCUACUUCUUCAAGCUGAGGCUUCCAAGGGAUAAAGUGCUCCGGGGAACAAAUAUCGACCCAUCGAAAGCUCCCGAGUUCUUUGACUUUGUUGGCAUUGCGCAGGGUUAUUAG